GAUACGAACGCCUAUUUUAUUGCUUAGCGUGUAAUUAAAAAGUCUGUGUGUAUUGCGAUAGAGACGGGUUGUGGUACCCGUCCGAAUAGUGUGAUACAGUGGUAAAUCCCUUAGUAUAGUGAAUAAGGAGAGAGCACAAGAGGGGAUCCCUCAAUUCGCUCCAAAUAAGGGAUUUCCUUUACUGGGCCCACAUUUUUACCGCGGCAGAUGUGACCACUGUAUGCAUAUUUAUUGAAUAUACCUCGCAGUGUUUUCAUCGCGUGUGACUCGUACCUGUGUUGAACCCUGUUACAUCCGAAUACCGUGUUUUCAACAAUCAUAGAUAACAGGAAAUGCUUCUAAUUUACUACCCACUACACAACGUGAUUUGGUAUCGCCAGCUCCUAUUGCGCAUGAAAAAUUACCCUGCCCUUGGCAGUAGCCUAUUUACUCGACAAGCAUUUUACGCAAGUCGCGAUUGUGAGUUCAACCACCCACCCACCUGCGCGUACCCUACUCAACGUACAAAUACUACGAAUGAAAGGCACUUCAAUACUUUACCAAAAUUGUGCGAAUUCGAGAUACGGGCGCGCUUUAUAAUCGUGAGCAUGUAAAUCAACUGGUACGUGUAUGUGCAACCAAGUGGAAUGUACAUGGUGCUCCCUUUAAUCACCCCCGCGUUCACGAUCCAUCACCAAGAACGCAAUUCCUAACCUCAAUUCGCUAUCCUCGAUCCUCGGUCGGGAUGUCUUCGGGCAGGAGUCCAGUAUCCCCGAUGGGAGGCCCGGUCAUACGUUCAGGUCAUCUCCGAAAAUUGAAGACUACGAAGAAAAAAUUUUUUGUACUUCGUGGAGAGGCGUUAGGAUUCAGCUCCUGCUUAGAGUAUUAUGACAGCAAGAAGAAGUUUGAGAAUAAGCAGCCGCCCAAAAGAAGUAUAUCACUGCACAGCUGUUUCAAUAUUAAUAAACGCGUUGACACCAAGUAUCGUCACGUCAUUGCGUUGUAUACCAAAGACGAAUGCUUCUGCUUGAUUCUCGACAGCGAGAAGGAACUAGAUGAUUGGUUGAAUGCAAUGCUUCUUCUCCAAGGAGGAGAUGUUCCUGAUGGCGAACAACCUCGUCCUACGUUCGAACACGUUUGGCAAGUCACCAUGCAGAAGAAAGGCCUUGGAGAACGUAGAAACAUUCAAGGCCCAUAUAGACUAUGUCUGACUGAUCGAACUUUGAGUCUUGUUAAGAUUGGAGCAAAGGACAAUUCAGAUUCUAUCGAGUUCUCUCUGAUGUGCAUCAGAAGAUGUGGUUACAUGGAUCGCAUCUUCUACAUGGAAGUAGGCCGAUCAGCAGUGACUGGAGUAGGAGAAUUUUGGAUGGAGACUGAAGAUAACAACAUAGCGCAUAAUAUGCACGCAGCUAUUUUAAACUCAAUGAGUAGCACAAACAGCAGUAAAGAGGAGGUUGGGCCAAGACCGCGAACCCGUAGUUCUUCGGCAAACGAAGCUAGUAAGCCUAUAUCUGUGCUUCAGCGUCGGCAAACGCACACUGGACAAAAAUUACACGGUUUCUCACCCUCAGAGGAACAGAAGACUUGCAAGGAACAGGUGGAUCCGUUGCGGGAGCCGAACAACCCUGCCUCUGCCCCUGCACAGAGUAGUCAAUCACAGAGUAUCUCCUCUUCCAAUACACUCAUGGCCGCCGCUGCUGCUACUGGGACUGGGGUUGCUGCAGGGCAUGCUGGAAGUGCCACAGCAAAUGCCAACACGACCGCGAAUAGGCGCCGUCACUCAGUUGCCAGUCACCCUCACCCUGCCUCCUCUCAAUCUAAUCACAUCACAAUCACCACCGCCACGACCACAACUACAACAACCACCACCACCACAUUAUCCCAUCAGAGAACCUUGUCGCUGCCCCUAGCCGCUGCUGUUGUCAAUCAAUCGCAACCAUCUAAAAGAUCCGUUUUACGCUGUACCAGUGGACGCGAAAGAUGCGAUAGUUUACCAUCAAGAGCGCGUACGUCAAGCGAGGGACAUCCAACAGUUAUACUAGGUCAUCCGAGAGCAGCUCACCUUGCACCCCACAUACCACGACCUCAUUCGAUGUACGGCAAGGGGUCAUCUUAUUCCCCACCAAUUUCAUCUAUGCCAAUAAGUCCUGCGUCUGGUGCUUGUUCAACCGAUUCAGCCGGCUCGUCUCUAUCUAUGGACGAGGGAGGCGAAAGUAUUUUGGAGGAAGGACCAGCCUGCAGAUAUGGUCACUCAUUGACUCCCGAUGAACAAGUUAUUAUGGAAGAAAAUGGUGACGAUUACACCAGCUGGGCAUCCAAUAAUCCCCAGAAUAAAUAUUCCCCCAUAUUCAAGUCUCAGUCUCCUUCUCAGCAGAGUUCCUAUAUGGAGAUGUACAGUCCCUGUGGUUCGAGUCCUGGUCGAGGUGGGGCUUACAUGCCCAUGAGCCCUGCAACUAAUGCAAACUCCCAUUCUCGUGCAUCCUCGCUCAUCGAGGAAGCAACCACCAUAUCUGAUGGCUAUGUACCUAUGGCACCUGUCGGUGACGAUGGUUACGUCGACAUGGAUCCUGCCAAUCCUCAUAAUGGCCACUUUCCUGACGACAUGUCUCAGCAUGGCGGAAGCAGCUGUUCAGUCACAUCUGGGACACCCAGUACCGAUCUAAGGUUUUCCGAGUAUCACUUAGACAAGGUCACCAGCUAUCUCGCCCCUGGUGAAGAUUUACAGUCAAGGCCUACCAGGGCAUACUCUGUUGGGUCUAGACCAGAACCUGCCAACAGACAACGCAAAAAUAGACUGGAAAUAGCACAGCAAGAGUCUGUCAGAGUUAGAGCGUUUUCGGUAGGAAGUCGUUCGAAGCGACCCGAAAUUGGAAGAUUAGCCAAUGUGGUAGCUACUCCUUUACCAGUCGGCGCUGAAACGACAGCUUCGAGCAAGUCGAACUCUGCUCCUUUGUUAUCCAGUUCUUGGGGUCAUAACUCUGGUUGCUCCGGAGCAUCGGAGCGAAUGGAAGACCUCAUGGAAUUGGAUUUCACAAGGCCAAAUGCUCUGCCGUCGCUCUCCUCUCCCGCAUCCUCGUAUACCCAAUCCCAUUCUCAUACGCAUUCUUAUUCCACUGCCACUGACACUAGUUCCUACGUCGAUAUGUCGCCUGGACAGCCACCCGUAUCUACCACUGCCCCUUACGUAGACAUGAGUGGUCUGAACAAGGCGAAUAGAAACAAUAAUAACAAUACCAUCACUGCCAACCAUAAUCAUAGUCAUCCACCAUCGUCCGUUAGCACCCCUAAACCAGUGAUAACAACACUGAAGCCAGUCGAAGAGGCUGAAGGGCCCUACUUGGAGAUGGGAGGUACGAGUGAUGGCUGGCAUAGACCUGGUUCGAGUCCCAAACAAGUUCCAUCGCCUAUAAACGAAGACUACAUGCAAAUGAACGGCCCUCCAGGUGUCACAAGAACGGCACCGGUUGAUCUGCCUCAACCUAGGCGUCCACCUGAAGGCUACGUGGAAAUGUCUUUCAAGGCAAGACCUAGCCCCGGUGCAACUCCCGAGCAAGAUUACAUAAAUAUGAACGUUGGUUCGAGUAGUCGCAAUCACCGAAGAGCAAGGGGUGGCAGUCGCAAAGAAAAAUUGCGUUCUCAACCGAUCGCCAUUCAGGCUGGAAGCAAACCCGUAAAAGCUCCAAGUUUUUUACCACUCAAUGGAAGUCCUGCCACUGAAAGCUUAGCCAGUACACCAGCCUCACCUCCUCGAGCAACUCCGACAGGUUCUUCGUCAACCAUAUUCCCAUUUUCUUUAAAUAGUCCUCAAUCACCGAUGAAACCUUUUACCCUGCAGCCGGAGACUGGAAAGUCUUCAUUGAUCGAUAACCCAGCUGGUGAAAACGAGGUGAUGCGACCUACUAGAAAGCUCUCUGUACCCAACUCUAUUUCAAUCAUGGACAGUUCUUUAAGUAGAAAAGUCCACGAUAUUAAUCCACUUAAUUGUACGGCUAAAGAAAGUAGCCGUUUGAUAUCUUCGUCAAACGUUUCUCAAGAACAGACAUUGAUUCCUUUGACUAAACGGCUCGCAGAUUUUACAAUCGGCAAACCACGACUAGUAACUGCCUCUCCGACUGCAACGUGUCCUAAUCCUUCUGUGUUCAAACCGGUGCAAGCUAAACCAUCAUCUCCAAAGUUAUUUGACGAUACUCCCACUCCGACACCCACGCCAACGCCAACCCCGACCCCAACACCUACCCCCGCGCCUCUGGACAGCGAAGGGUAUGAACAACUUCAACCAGGUGCAAGUAAUCUGCACUAUGCUAGCUUAGACCUUCCAGAUGUGGAGGGUGCGCCGCCAGUAUCUCCUAUACCGCCGCAGGAAGGCUUCAGCUAUGCAGAAAUCGACUUUGCAAAACUCAAACAAAAUUGAAGAUCGAAGGGAAUGCUGAAUGCACGCUGUAUGUAGCUAUCACACAUUACUGAGUUUCGUGGUACGUGUUUCGGAGGUUUCGAACUCGUCUGCUCAAUGUACGAUCGAAAUGGAAACACCGAAUCAUGCCAUUAUCGUGGAUAUAAUAUUAUUGCGCUUUUUCGUAUAAAUUAUGAAACGCCUGAAUACUUUGAAAUAAGCAUCAUUAUACAUAUACAUAUAUACAUACGAAGCAUCUAUACAUAAGUAAAUAUACAUAUAUAAAUAUAUAAUAAACAUAUUAUAUAUAAUAA